AUGGAUGGGACACCUCACAAGAAGGUUCGAUCUGCGUGUGACGCAUGCCACGGGUUGAAAAUGAAAUGCUCCGGGGGCGAGCCUUGCACUGGCUGUGGACGAUCUGGACAGACUUGCAUAUACAGUGAGCCUAAUCGACUAGGUAGGCCUAAGGGGUCCAAGAAUAAGAAGAGUUCGAGUCUGGAUAAGUCGAAGAGCGAUCGCAAUCGCACCAAUACCAUAGAAACUGCCGCCGCUGUGGGAGCACGCUCAAAUGAGACGGUCACGGCAAUGCCAUCGGAGCAACAAAUCUCUCUCGCGGACGGGAUCUGCUCGCCACCCGGGGUAGAAAAGUGGAAUGACCUGGUGGAGGAGAACUUCUUAACAGAUCUGGACGACGGCUUUCUCAGUAAUAUUUCAACUUCCGACUUUUCCUGGGAGCAGCCUAGCGACAUCUUUGACAGGCUGGAGACUGAAACCGGGAUAAGGGGGUACGAUCCAGACUCCUCGAUCUUUUCUCUGGAUUACGAAGGGCCUUAUCCCGACCCCCAAGGACCCGGCAUGACGCAACUGGGUGACAUUCCUUUUGUAGGGCUAAGGAAUUGCGUCGCACAAGAUACAUCCCGGCCACUGUACGAUGCAUUUCCGCGGCCACGACCCGAAACACAAAGCUUCAAUCCCAUCGAGACCUGCGCAUGCGUCGACCAUCAUGCCCGUUUCCUUUCCCAAUUGAGGAAAAUCGAGGGGAAUCAUUAUGCGGCGUCGGUCCCGACCAUUCUGCAAGCGACGCAGGACAGCAAGGCCCUCUGGCAACGACUGGUCAACUGCCCAGCUUGUCGACACGAUCGGGAGUGCGUUGCCGUGCUGAUGUUUGCGAUGGGCUUACGGACCAUCGUGCGAUGCUUGCAGGCGUUGGUCUCUGACCAACAAUCGGUUCUACAACGGCCUCUACAUCACAACCGCUGGGGGCCACUUGCGCCGUCGGUCUCAAGUGGCGGCCCAACUAUCAGCACCCCACACUCGCUUAGCACUGGCAGCGAUCGAAGCGCGGUUUUUGAGUCCGUGAGCACAGUCACCAGUCGAGGCCGACGAGGGAGUGGGCUUAGCACGAACACGAUCCGCGUGGGGAACUUUGAGGUGCCCGAAGACGAGCAGGUUUUUUUGGUGACCGUGCUCAUCACGCGCACGCUCGGUAAGAUCCGGACCUCCUACGAGUCUAUGGCAGAUUAUAUCGGACGGGUACACGGCAGCUCGCCCUUGAAUAUCGGGCCCAGCGACAAACGGCCGAUUCAUUACGUGCUGGAGGACCUGCGAAGACUGGUGGCGACAACGGAAGGGUUCGUUCGGGGUCUCGUGGACAGAUAG